AUGGGGACCCCGGAGAAUCUCCGUGGUCAGAUGGACAAUGUUGUGGAGGCAAAAGCGAAUAUCAUUUUCCUAUCUCCCCGAUACCCGACCGUGGACCGAAGCGAUUAUGCUGAGGCUCCUCACCGAGAUAUUCAUGUUGGUAUCGUAGGAGCAGGAAUCGGUGGCCUUGCAGCAGCCAUUGCCCUGCGGCGAGCGGGGGCCAAGGUCACUGUGCUGGAAGCAGCAAGGGAACUGGGCGAGAUCGGUGCUGGAAUCCAGAUGACGCCUAAUGUAUCAGUACUCUUGCAGAGAUGGGGAGUCGAUACUGUGAUUGGAAAGAAUCUGGUACAGUUUGAGGAAUUGAACAUGCGCCGAAAAGAUGGAACGCUUGUUGGCCAUACCAGCAUCCCAACUUUGGAACAUACCCUCCAUCGUCCAUGGUGGGUUGUCCACCGUGCCCACCUUCAUGAGGGUCUGGUUACCGUUGCACGUAGUGCGGGUGCCGAGAUCAUAAUCGACGCUCAAGUCACAAGCAUCGACUACCAGACUUCGGACACGGUGACGGUGCAGACAUGUAAGCAUCAGGCCCACACUUUCGACCUUCUUGUCGGUGCAGAUGGUAUCAACAGUAUUACAAGGAAGACCUUGUUCCCAAUGGCUCACCCGGAGCCUCCGACUACAAACUGUGCAUAUCGAGCCAUCGUGCCUUACGACAAAAUUCGAGAAGAUCCAGUCGCCAGAGAACUGGUCCAAAAGAAGACGAUGGAAGUGUGGAUGGCUGAGAACGCCUAUAUCAUCACCUAUCCGAUCAGUGAUGCUAAGGACUUCAAUCUUGUUUUGUCGCAUCAUCGCCCGGAAAAAUUGCGUGCCACACAAAACGAUGUCCCAAUUGAGGAACUCUGGAAUGAGUAUAAGGACUUUGACCCUCGCAUAAAACGUAUUGUCAACAUGAUCGACAAGACGUCUCGAUGGCCACUUAUGGUCACUGGUCCCCUGAGCUCGUGGUCUUCUCCUCGGCGAAAUGUCGUUCUCAUGGGAGAUGCAGCGCACUCUAUGGUUAACCAUAUGGCCCAAGGUGCGGCUACAUCUAUGGAGGAUGGAGCUUUCCUGGGAAGAUGCAUCGCAAAAGUCGUCGAAGGCAAAAUGGGAAUUGACCGAGCUGUUAGCAUUUAUGAGGAAGAGCGACAACCCAAGGCUUAUCAAAAGCAGCAAAUCUCCUUCCUGAACGGCGCCAUCUGGCACUUGCCGGAUGGGCCUGAGCAACAAGCUCGAGACUCUGCCAUGGCGGCUGAGCUCGAAGGAAAAUAUUUUGUCCGCAGCAGUAAUCUCUACGGCGAUCCGCAGACUGUCCUCGAGGUAUAUGGCUAUGAUGCCGAGAGUCAUGCCGAAACUGCGCUAAACAAGUACUUCAACAAUGGCAGGGAGCUCGCAGAUCCCCAGACUGGCGUGACUGAGACACUGCGAGGCAAAUACAUGGAUUGGUUCGCGGGCGCGAGGAAGUCCGCGUUACAACCGUUGCAGCUUCAGUCGAGGUUGUGA